UGUGAAGCGGCCGUCGUUCGAAUGUUUUCAUGGCUGUUCUGUUUCCAGUGGAAACGGAUGAUAUUGAUGAACUGUUAGCUCCUACAGUAACCAUCAAAUGUCUCCGUCGACAACCCCGUUUCCUCGCGUUUACAGGAAACUAAUGUCACCCGAAAAGGAAAGCCACGAAUUUGUAGUGAACUGGUUAAAAUAUUCUUGUAGCCAGUGGCAUUAAUCCAGGUUGCUUCUUUCUUUUAAGGUGGACCCCCCCGCCAUAAAGCCGUGGAUGUUUCCGUGUAGAUCACUGGUUUGUGUGAGUUCGGAGUCAUCCUUUACUGGUGAUUUUGCUGAAGGACAUGUGAGCUAACAGCCAUUUGACCUGGUGACUAUGAUGGCCUUUGGAGCAAGAGCCGUCCUCCUCAACCUGAGGUACACUUUCCAGAAGGCAGGCUCCUUUACCAGAACCAGACUCCUCCAAAAGUCCAGGACAUGCUUUUUUAAAAGAGGCCAGAUUUUAACCCAGAUACCCAAGGUUACAUUGCUCUGUUGGGGUGCAGGCAAUGUAUCAUCCUGUGUAGCCAGAUGCCAGGAAGCAGUUCUUGCAUCGCCAACUGCUGACAAAAAGUCUCUAGCCAAAGUCCAAGUGCACAAAGUUGUAUUUGUCCUCCGCCUCAGCCUUCGUGCGUUGGUGCUGCUCCUCAAAUUUGGCCCCCUUCUCCUCCUGUCCCCCUUGGCUCUGGUGUCCACUCGCUGGGCCUCUCUCUGGGUGGACGCUCUGCUGUGGGUGACUGAAACAUCUGGUCCCACUUUCAUCAAGCUGGGGCAGUGGGCCAGCACCAGGCGGGACAUCUUCCCUCAGGAGUUCUGUGAACGCUUCUCCAGGCUUCACGUAAAGGUGCGCCCUCACUCCUGGGCCCACACCAAGCAGUGUCUCCGGAGGGCUUUCGGGGAGGGUUGGAGGAGGAUUUUAGAGUUUGAGAGCAAAGAGCCAGUGGGUUCGGGAUGCGUGGCCCAGGUGUACAAAGGCUGGGCGAAGGCGGAUCACGUAGAGGACCCGGCCUUCCAGUCGCUGGUGGAGGAGAUGGAGAAAGAAGACUUGCUGGAAGCCUGGGAGAUCCCCGGUCUGAGAGGAGUGGCCAGCUCCCUGUGGCAGCUCUGGAGGGGGAGAAGGGAGGAGGAGGAGGGCUUCGAGGAGAGAAGUCACCCAGAGGGGCAGCAGGAGGAGAGCAGUGCAGAGAAGGAGCAUCUGAUACCUGUGGCUAUCAAGGUGCUCCAUCCAGGUGUCAGGAUGCAGGUGGAAAUGGACCUACUGCUGAUGAAAGCAGGCUGUUGGCUCCUGCACUGCUUGCCUGGACUCAAGUGGCUCAGUCUGUCUGAGAUAGUGGAGGAGUUUGAGAAGCUAAUGACCAAACAGAUUGACCUCCGGUUUGAGGCCAGGAACAUUGAGCGUUUCCGGGAUAAUUUCCGCAAUGUGGAUUAUGUCAAGUUCCCAACUCCGUUACGACCGUUUGUCACCAGGAACAUUUUAGUGGAAACUUUUGAAGAGAGUGAGCCCAUAUCCAACUACCUGAGCGCCGACAUUCCUCAGGAGGUGAAGCAGAGAAUAGCCAAGAUUGGAAUAGACACCAUGUUGAAGAUGGUGUUUGUGGACAACUUUGUUCACGGGGAUCUCCAUCCCGGGAACAUUCUGGUCCAGUGCUUGGGGCCUCUUCCUGGUUCCAGUGACAGUACUGGUAUCCCAGGGGAGACCCAUGGUAAGACCACCCUCACUGACUUGUGGGACACAGUGGUGGUCAGCGUCAGACCAAACCCAUGUCCUCUCCAGCUGGUACUGCUGGACGCCGGCAUCGUAGCUCAGCUCAGCGAACUCGAUCUGGCCAACUUAAAGGCUGUUUUCACAGCCGUGGUGCUGCAUCAGGGUGAGCGAGUGGCAGAGUUGAUCCUGCAUCAUGCUCGGGCCAACGAGUGCCAAGACGUGCCACAGUUUAAGAAGGAGAUGGCCCUGUUGGUGGACCAUGCCCUCAGCAACACCAUCUCUCUGGGAAAGGUCCAAGUGGGCGACUUGCUCUCUCGAGUCUUUGGUCUACUCAUCAAACACAAGGUGAAGCUGGAGAGUAACUUCGCCUCCAUUGUGUUUGCGGUCAUGGUGCUGGAGGGUCUGGGUAGGUCACUUGAUCCAAACCUGGACAUCCUGGAUUCGGUCAAACCCCUACUGCUAAAGAACGGUGCCUCGAUGCUCUGACACACACACACUGACACACACGGCUCACAAUGCAUUACACACAGACAGGCACAUGUAAGUGUACAUACACCGAUCAGCCAUAACAUUAUGAGGGGGGGGGAUAUAUUAGGCAGCAAGUGAACAUUUUGUCCUCAAGUUGAUGCGUGAGGAUUUGAACAGCUUUGACAAGGGCCAAAUUGUGAUGGCUAGACGACUGGGUCAGAGCAUCUCCAAAAGCUGCAGCUCCUGUGGGGUGUUCCCCCAGGUGGUCAUAAUGUUAUGGCUGAUCGGUGUAUAUUACCUCUAUAGACAUCGCAUGCGUGUAUACUGUGUCCUCCUAAUGCCGCGAUGAUGGGUUGUCUUCAAGCUUACAGUACAAUAUUCCACAAGGAUCAUAAGAUCUCAUCACUGUUUGAAUCCAUAAAUACCUCAUUGAGUUUUACAUUGGUGGUGUUUCCACUUUCAUCACCGCUACCUUUGAAUUGUAUCAUCUGCUGUCUGGUUGUAGUAUAAAAAUUUCACCCACCGAAAAUCCACUUCAAGGCCCCUCUUACUGAGCCUAAUUAACUGCGUUUUACAUGAAACCACUUAUUUAUUGAGUGCUAAUGGAGUCAGACACACAGAUAAUCAGAGUCCAUUUGUAGCGAUCUAAGAUAGAAAAGAAAAUCCCUAGUUGAAACUUAAAAGCAUAUUUUUAACUUUUUAAUGACUAAUAUUGAUCUCAGGAUGUCUGAUCACUCCAUCUUUUAUUGCAUCAUAGGUAAUGUUGUCUAAUGGGCAUAUUUGCUUUGGUGUGAAUCCCAAUGUACUAUAACAUGUACUGUUCUCAUAGACUGCAUUGACAAUGUGAAGCCUUUGGCUAAUUGUACUCACAACUGACAAUGAUCUUUUAACUUUCCGUUAUAACAAUGGGAACACUUGUAUGAAUUAUGCAUAUCAAUAAAAAAGAGAAUCUA